AUGGCGCCGAUUCCCAUCACCAUCAUCACCGGUUUCCUCGGUUCCGGCAAGACAACGCUGAUCCUCAACCUCCUCCCUCAGCUCAAGGCCGCGAACCCGUCGUACAAGCUCGCCCUUCUCAAGAACGAGUUCGGCGAUCUAGCUGUCGACUCGCAGCUGGCGUCUUCUAACGCCAUCUCGGGCGUGCAGGAGCUCCUCAACGGAUGCAUCUGCUGCAACCUGGUUGGCCAGCUGAGUGUCGCUCUUGCCGAGCUGCAUUCGACCGUCCGCCCGGACCGCAUCGUUAUCGAGACGAGCGGCUCCGCCUUUCCCGCGACCCUGGCCCUCGAGGUCAACCGCCUCGCGCGCGAGACGGGCAACUACACUCUCGACGGAGUCAUCAGCGUCAUCGACACGGAGAACUGGAAGGGCUACGAGGACACAAGUUACACGGCGCGCAUCCAAGCGAAGUACACGGACCUGAUUGUUUUCAACAAGUGGGAGUUGUGUUCCGAGGACCGCUUCGAUGAGGUUCUCGACAGGGUAGGCGAUCUCGAGGUCGAUAUCCCAUGGGUCAAGAGCAAGAAAGGCUGGGUCGGCGCCGACCUCGUCUUUGGCGUGGAUGGUGGCCUCGCGCAGGGCCUGACGGAAGAUCAUGCGCAUGACCACGAUCAUAAGGGGGAGAACCACUCGCACGACCACCAGACUGAGGUUGAGGUUCUGUCGGUCGAGCUCAAGGGACCCAAGGAUGCUGCUGUCAAUGCGGACAAGCUGCAGAGCUUGCUACGCGCGGCACCCAAGGACGAGGUGUACCGUAUCAAGGCUGUUCUGACGGCGUCGGCGACGGUCAGAGACUCCGACGAAGAUGCCCAGAUUCCUACACCACCUCACCCUAAGUCGCGGUAUAUCCUCAACUGGGCAUUUGGCCGGUGGACGUUCACCCCUAUUGCAGAGGGCAGUGCUGAGCAUGCUUCCAGCGAAGGGGCUCUCCUGCGUAUGACGAUGAUACUAGGGAGAUAUGAAAGCAACAAGUGGAAGAAGAAGCUCGAGACGGGCUCGUUCCUGGAGAUCGAGGGUGGCGAGGGCGAGUUAGUGGUUUCGAAGAUUCUAUGA